AUGUUAGGCGAUUUUGGUAUAACGGAGGAAGAUUUUGUAAUCGAGGAAGCUCAGGGCUACCCGAGAGCUUACGCAAAGAUCUGUCGCGAUUUCGAUGCUUUUCCGUACAUAAAUGGUCCUCCUUUCACUUUCAUGCCAUACAUUCUGCAACAGGACGAGAGCUUAAGAUGCAGAGAGCUAAACGAGAUGUUUCCAGUAAUUGAUCCGAAAGCAAGACCGACAACGAAACCGAAGAUCUUCCUCAGCCUCCUGUGGAAACAACUUAAUCAUCUAGGAAAUGCUGGCUUUGAUCCUGCGGUUAUUCGGAUUGAUCCGUAUGGGAAUGUUCUUUACUACCACGCUGAUUCAGCUUCUCCUCUUGCUUGGGGUUUUGAUCAUUGGUUCCCUUGCUCAAGAGGAGGGUUAACAGUACCAAGCAACCUAAGGAUUGUGCAAUGGCAGGCACGGAAGAACAAGAAGGACAAGCUUGAGUUCCUUGUACCAUGGUGGGAACUUCAAGUAGGGAUUUCAGUGAAUCAGUUCUUGUCUAUUUUUGCCGCUUCAAGCUCCGAUUUCAGGAGGAGAGCAUUUUCAUUCUUGUUCAAAGAAGGUGAAACCGAGGAACUUAAUGGUUCACAAAUGGUUGAAUCGCACCAUUUCCCGCAGCAUUUUGUCGAAUCAAAAGAGAAGUUUGGGCUUGCAUCAGCUGCAGUUGUUGUUUCUAGAAGAGAUCCUUAUGAUCCUUCAUUAGUCUUGAGAUCACUCGAUUACAAUCGCCAAACACCUGCGAGGAAGAUGAGACUUGGUGCGUCGAAAGAGAAUGAGACUCGAGAUAUGAUGAAAAAUCCGUAUCAAGCUAUUGCUGCUGCUAGGGAUUCACUGAGACACCGAGAGCAAGCUCAGAAUAUGAGAGCUGAGAUGAAGAAGUUAGACGAUGAAAUGAAUGACGUGACAAGAAAGAACAACGAAGAGCGGCUUACGAUUCAGGAGCUGGAGAACGAGCUGAUUAAGCGAAGAAGAAGAGCUGAAAAGUGCAGGAGAUUAGCAGAAGCUCAAUGCUCGUACAGGAAUACACUCGAGAAGAUGAUCCGCGAUGCAAUGCACCAGAGUGUUGUGUAUAAGGAACAAGUGAGGCUAAACCAGGCUGCGAGUAGUGCACUUAUGGCGAGAUUAGAGGCGCAAAAGGCGAUUUGUGAUGGUUCAGAGAGAGAACUUCACAAGAAGUUUAAAGAAAGAGAGGAGCUGGAGAAUCAAGUGAGACCUGAAUUGGAGAAAGCAAGGAAAAGAUCGAGAUUUUUGCUGAAUGAUGAAGAGGACUUGUUGCUAGACGAUAGAGACAGGAAGUUGUCUCUUUAUCUCCCAGGAACAAGUGAUGAGAUGCCGUUACAUAAGGAGUUAAGAGUAUACUUUGAAGAAGAGCAUACUGAGGCUGAAACUCAGAAGAAGCAUGGAGAAAUCGAGGAAGAGGAAGAGGAAUCAAAGAGUCCAGAGGUGUCUGAGAAGUCUCUUGUUGCAUCGGAAGAUAAGAAACCGAUUGAAGAUAAGCUAGAUGUAGAAGAAGGGAAGAGAGGCAGCAGUAGAAGCUUCAGAGCAUUCCCUGUUUUCAAGGAACCAGAGAGUGAGGAAGAUGAGGAAAGCAGGAGAGAGCGAGGGAAAGGAAACGUCGAGAAAUGGCUUCACAUUUUACUGGAGAACAACAGCAAGAACGAUCCACAGGAUCUUCAAAGCGAAGGAAGCAAGAAGAAUAUUGAUGAAAUGAUAGAGAAACUGGACCACAAGUUCCCUUUGCUUGAAAAGGUCGAUGAAGAAGAAGUAGACUUGAAGAAGUUGCAGGCUGAGGAGGCAAACAACAACAACACAAGCAAGGUGGAAUCAAGAACUGAAAGUUCUCGAAGAAGCAGAAUGAGUUUUGAUUUGAAGAACACACCAGAGAAGAGUGGCAGAGAUAAAGUGGUGAAAAGAUCAGAGAGUGCUAGAGCUUUCAGAAGGAUUCCAUCGUCUCCUUCACUCAUCUUUGGAAUGAAAAAGGGAAUUGACUGUAUCAGGAAGAAACCAGUGGUUUCAGGGAACGACGAUGAGAAUGAGUACCUCGUUAAGAACAACUUCAUCAAGUCAUCUCUCCAAACAAUCAAACGAGCUGUCAAAUUUUAG